AUGAAUCAUCAAAACGUAACGAUUAUUCUUCAUGAUUUAAUUCGAAUUUCAGGAAACAACUACCAAGAUGAUCAAUUACAGGGUAUUCCGAAUAUUCUUUCUAAAUUUUAUAACAAGAUGCGCAAUUUUAAAAAGAAAGUUCCGUUCUCCUUAAAUUUUGAAUUUGUUGCUUCUAUCAAAGCCAAGGAUGUAGUUGAUGUGAGGAUUUCUCAUUCCUGUAAUUGUAUUUUAGGACUAUGUAAUAAUGAGCAGGACGAUGACUUUUUCAUCUUUGAUUUGAAUACUCAUGAACUUGUGCGAAAGUUUUCAACAAUAGGACGUCCUUCUUAUUUUGAUAUUGAAGAAAAUUAUGAUGGAAAUGGUCACGAUGCUGUGGUAUAUGGUGGCAGCAAUGGCGUUGUAAAGCAUGAUUUAAACAAGUUGUUAGAUGGUCAUGACGUUCAUGAUUAUAUUUGGCAAGUACCAGAGAUUAAAAAUUCUCGUGGAAUUGUGAGUACCAAGCAUGAGACGACAAACACCAUCUAUGUGAGCUAUGAAGAUACUUGUAAUUGCAUUGCUGCUCUCAAUUCAAGAACUGGUGAAAUACUGUUCAAGAUGGGAAAAGAUUUUAGUAACAAUUUUCAGUUGGAAUUAGCAUCUGGUUUGGAGAUGAGUAAUACUAAUGAUGUGUUAUUUGUUUCUGAUUGUAAUAUGAAAAGGAUUCACAAACUUAGCCGUUCACAUUGCCACUCUGAUUUGCAAACAAACACCCAUACUGAAACACACUCAUGGAGAUCAGAGUGCAUCUUUGAAGAUGCCGGAAUUAAAUAUCCUGAUGGAUUGGUAUUUGAUAGUGUGUCACGACAUGUUUUGGUAUGUGACAGCGUGAAGGGUGGCAUUAUUGUUUAUCAAGAAAAUGGCAAGUUUGUCAAGUUUGUUAGAUCCAGCGAAGAGGACUCGCAUGAGCUCAAUGGACCAACAGGGUUAUGUUUGGAUGAACAAACAGGUUUUCUGUAUGUGGCUGACGAAUCAAAUCACAUUCAAAUAUUCCAAUGA